AUGGAUACUACUAAUAAAGAGGUUGAACCGCAACAAAAUAGUACAGAAGCUGUCCAAGAGGUAGUUGCACCAGUUGUGGGAAAUUCUACUAUUGAUGAUGCCGCUGCUAUUGAUGAAACACCAGUAGAAAAUCAACAACCAACUGAAAGAUCACGUAAACAUAUAUCUAAUAGUGAUAAUGAUGACGAUAAUAAUGACAAGAAUGGUGAAGAUAGUGAGGAAGAACAGGAUCAACGUAUAAGAGGUAUUUCUGUUCCAGAUAGCUCUGGUAACGACACUAGUGAUUUUGGUUCUACCGCUACGAAACGUCAACUUCUGGAAGAAAAACUUGAUCGUAUCUUAAAGAAACCUAAAGUGAGAAGAACAAGAAGAGAUGAAGAUGAUUUAGAGCAAUAUCAAGAUGAAAAGAUUCUAAGAUUAAAGGAUGAAAUGAAUAUUGCUGCUCAAUUGGAUAUUGAUACUUUGAAUAGUAGAAUUGAUACAGGUAACGAUUCAUUGAUUGCUAUUCAAAAAGUUAAACUGUUACCUAAAGUGGAACUCAUACUUUCAAAAGCCAACUUAGCUGAUACCAUCUUAGAUAAUAAUCUUUUACAAAGUGUUAGAAUAUGGCUUGAACCAUUACCAGAUGGAUCAUUACCUUCUUUUGAAAUUCAAAAAUCUUUAUUUUCAGCUAUAAAUUCUUUACCAAUUAAGACAGAACAUUUAAAAGAAAGUGGUCUUGGAAGAAUAAUGAUUUUUUAUACCAAAUCCAAACAUGUUGAACCUCAAUUAGCUAGAAUGGCAGAAAAAUUAAUCGCAGAGUGGACAAGACCUAUUAUUGGUGCAUCAGAUAACUAUAGAGAUAAGAGAAUUACUCAACUAUCUUUUGAUUACGAUAAAUUGAGAAAGAAAUCAGCACUUGACUCAGCUAUUAGUGGUAGAAAGAAGAAGAAGCCAUCAAGUACUCCAGCCCAAGAAAGUGGGUCCACACCUCAAUCGUUAUAUGAACAAGCUGCUGCCAGAAGAGGAAGAGCCGCUGCUCCUGCACAAACCACAACCGAUUAUAAAUUUGCUCCGGUUAGUAACGUCAUUCCUGUUAACACAAAUGCAAGAACCACUGGUGUUGGUUCUACAUUAAACAACAACGAAAUGUAUAAGAAGCUUAAUGCAAGUUUAAACAAAAACAAAACAAAACGUUAG